AUGGCUGGUCUCAAGUUUUCUGACGCUUCACCCAAGUCCAAGCCCGGGACGGAGAACAGAAGGGUCACACCCAGUUCGGCGAACCCUGAUAGCAGUACUCAGGACGUUGAUGACACUGACCAGACUGACGCGGAGAGUGCUGAUGAGAGUGGCUAUGAGAGCAGCCAGAAUGGUGUCAGCAACCAUGAAAGCUCCAUUCUCGCCAGCCAUCUUAGCCUCCUCGACCGGCGUCCCGAGCUAGAUGAGCUGAAUGAAAUCAAGACCACCCCAAUCUUCACGGAAGCUGUUCGCAAAUAUGCCCUCUCACUGGCUGGAAAAGACGGAGAAAAGCCGUUCAGUCAAUAUGGCCUCUUGGCUGGCCAAUUCAGUGGCGGCGCCGAUGACGACUCAUCAGACCCUCGUAUCUUUUGGAACAUUGCUGCGCCCUCUAGCUUUUUCAUCUGCGGCAGUCAGGGGUCUGGCAAGAGCCACACACUUUCUUGUGUACUCGAGAAUGCCCUUGCAGCAUGCAAGGCAAAUGUGCUGCCUCGACCUCUUACUGGCCUCGUAUUCCAUUAUGACACCUUCAUCUCGGAUUCCGGAGGGUCCCCUUGCGAGGUGGCCUGGCUGUCGUCUAAUAGAGACAUUAAAGUGCGGGUGCUAUGUUCACCAACCAACAUCCGCACGAUACAGCGGCUGUACAAGAGAUUCCCUAAUAUUGAGGUUAAAGAGUUGCGCCUGAACGAAUCCGACCUCAACACCAAGCGCAUGCUUGAUCUAAUGGCGGUCACUACGGGGGGCAACUUGCCUUUGUAUCUCCACGUCGCGCAGCGCAUCCUCCGCGACAUGCGCGCCGACCAGCAGCGAACGGGUUCCGGAUUCAGCUACUCCGAGUUCAAACGACGUCUCCACUUGGAGAACCUAACGGAGAUGCAACUGUCUCCACUCAAACAGCGUCUUGAAACGCUCGAGUCCUUCAUGGUCGAAUCGCAAGCCAAGGCCUACAACAUGUUCAAACCCUCACAAGCCAGAGCCAAGCCGACACCCGCGUCCACGGGCACCUCCUGGGUGCCCCAGAGCAACCUCCUUACGGUCGUCGACCUCUCGUGCCCCUGCGUGACGCCCGAGAUGGCCUGCUCGCUAUUCAAUAUUUGCCUCUCGCUCUUCCUGGAGCAGGACUCGGCCACCGUGGGCCGCAUCGUCGCCCUCGACGAGGCGCACAAGUACAUGACCGACUCGCAGGAGUGCCAGGCGUUGACCGAGGCCCUGCUGGCCACCAUCCGUCUGCAGCGGCACCUCGGCGCGCGCGUCGUCAUUUCCACGCAGGAGCCAACAAUUAGCCCGAAAUUGCUGGACCUUUGCAGCGUCACGAUCGUGCACAGGUUCACCUCGCCGGAUUGGCUGGGGGCGUUGCGCAGACAUCUUGCGGGCGUGUCGACCGGUGGCAAGUUGCUGGAGAAGGCAGAGAGGUUGAAGAGCAUGGCGAAUGGAGAUGACCACUGCGAGGACGGUGAGCUAGAGAUUGAAGGGCUUGGCGCGCUGACGCUUGGCGAUGCCGACCCGUCGCUGGAACUCUUUUCGAGAAUUGUCGAUUUGAGGGUUGGGGAGGCCUUGAUGUUUGCUCCCAGCGCGAUUAUAGGGGUGAAGCGGAGGAGGGAUGGUGAAGGGAAAGAAAAGGUGGACGUGAAGCGCCUUGCGCAUGGCGUGUUGAAGAUUCGGAUCCGCAACAGGACGACUGCGGAUGGCGGACGGAGUAUCAUGGCUGCUUGA